UUUUUUUUAGUUUCUAUUUGAAACGCUAAAGGGGACGAGGCCCAAGCGGGCACCUUGGUCUUAUACAAGGUUUUUAGUUCUCAUCUUAUCCCACACUAAGGGACUAUGUCAGCUCCAAACUACAACCAACCCAACUUUUCCGUGGCUCCAUAUGAACCUUCGAAACCUUAUCCGCAGUUGGACGAACAUUCUGAUAGCAGACGAAAAAUUCCUGAAGGCAGACUUGCUAAAGAUAAUGUUUCAGAGACGACUAUUAAACCACAGGAUAACACAUUUCCGACCAUCAUAGUCAAAGCUCCUUUACUUCCACCGAAACUUUCGACCUUUUCUUUUUUGGUCUCUUUCGAAAAAUUUUAUGUGACCGCUACGUCUAAAGCAGGUUAUAACAAGAUCUACGAAUGUAGGCGUUCAAAAAGUUUCUUUUUCGAGGUUGUCGAUCAAAUACCAGACACCAAUGAAAUUCACCUAAAGAUAUACACAAACGAUCAUCAUAUGUUAUCUACUCCAAUUCGGUAUUAUUCCACAAGCAAAUUACCUAAUCAUCGAUUUCAAAUAUCGAAGUGCCUCACGCACUUUUUUUUACAUCAACGAGUUAUUCCUCGGCGUAUUCAAAAUAAAUUUUUUAACAUGAUACGACUCAAGUUGUUAGAUAGACUCAAUCUGAUAGCAUCACGUGAAAGAAAAAUCACGUGUAGUAAUAAUAUCACCAAAACCUUUUUCAACUUCUCUUACAAACGAUACAGAUUUUAUUUUGGUAUCUAUGUAGCUUGUAACCAUCUACCUACAACGAAGUCUCCUCAUCAAAAAACAACACCAUGCCGUACACCGUGCCCUUUUGUAAAAAAUUUUAAUCGACACGCUUGUAACCAACAUCAUUCGGCCAUCGCUCAAAUAAUAAAAACUCCUUUAGAGGAUAAGGCAGUAACAGCACCUAAGAAUAACAUCGUUCAUCACAAAAGUUUUCACGCCAACAUAAUUUAUAGGAAAUAUAACGAUAACUCAAAGCAAAAGAUUUUUUCGAAUCGAUUGGGCAUUUCUUAUACAACGCGUUAUGAAGCGCACAACCUUGACUCAAUUUUACCACCUUACAAGGCUAUUGGUCCUAUGUACACCAAGAUUUACGAAAAUUUCUCUCGUACGUUAAGUUCUAAUCCACGUAUAGCUGCACGGCAGAAUGCUCGUUUUGACCGAUCUUGUCGACGUGUUUUCAACAAUAAUAAACCUAAAACUGGGAUGGCUCUUAAACUCUGA